UGGGUACAAGGAAAGGGCUAACGCCUUGCCGGAGCCUGGGUACCGCGCUCACGACGGUUGAGCUGCGCUUGAGAAGGACCGGUUGGUACUCUUUUAUGAAAGCAGGGGUCGGGUGCUGAAACAAGAUGACGCGAUGGUUGCCUUCCCCGAUCUAUACCAGCGGCCCGGAAAUGCCAGUAGAUGUAAAGGAUGGGGUAUUGGUCAUCCUCCCGGAAGAUGGAGCGUGGACGGACCUUGGACCAGCGUAUCAAACGACAAUGCUGGAAGGGGAGGACGUGUUUCUUUGGAUAGAGACAAUAUGGACUAAUGUCAGCUUGACAAGGUUGUCGCCAAGCUUAAUGGAUUUGGAAUUCCGAGGGACAGUGGAAACCCAGGGGUGGGUCUACUUGUCACAGGAUGGGGAGAAUGCUAUGGUCAUAGAAUUGGCACUCGGGAAUACGCCGGACGAACUGUUUAGGAAGGCAGAAGUGGAGGUUGUGUGGGCUGCGUGUCAGCAGAGGGAAAUGGAAAUGGAAAGGAUAGACGUGCGGGUGGAACUAGGAGAUAGAAGAAGCAUGAGGCGACCCGUCAGGACCAUGCGAUGUGUGUUGCCUCCCUUCCUGGUGGAUGCGGUUUUCGGAACCCGAAGCAGGUUAGUAUGGAUAUGCCAGUCCAUGAUGAACCUCAGACUAUACCAGUGUGCUAGGCAAGACUUCUUUCGGUUGUCGGUAGAAAUGGGGCCGUUUGAGGGGAACUGGGCGGACGAGCUGACCGAGAUACUAAACUGCCUUAGUGUAGACGAUGUUUUUGUCGCUAGCUCCGUGCACUGGGGGAUAGUCUAUAGGAAUGUGGCAGUAGGGGAGACAUUUCUGGAAGAGGUAAAAGAGUUGUUCUACGACGAGGAGGAUGACUUCAGUGAUGAGGACGAAGAUGAUGAGAUAGAGGACUGAGACUUCUAAGGAGGGUGACUUGACCUAGGGGGAACGGGUGGCCUGGUGUUGUGCAGGAAGAGGAAAGAUGACUAGAGAGGAAAUGAUAAUGGAAUACACCUUCAAAGGAUGGGAACCAAGGGGAUUCAGGGGAGGGAUAAAAAUGCCUAUACCAA